AUGUCGCUCGCUUCACCACUAUCUCCCUCUUCGCGCCCACGAUCGGCGGUCUAUAACACAAACUCGCCGACACCAGUGCAGCGGCACGAUAGACAGCAAUCUUUCUCACCGAGCACCUCACUAAGCUCAGUGCCUUCACAUUUGCGAAAUAAGUCGCUACAGCGGCAGGGCAGCAUCUCGAGCACAUUCGCGCCCAAGUUCAUAAAAUCAGAUGAAAUAAGGAAAAGUGAGGACAAGAUCUCCUCGAUCGAGGGCGAGAAUGACUUCUCCGGCAAGAGAUAUGUUUGGGUUAAGGACCCUGAAAAGGCGUUCGUCCGCGGCUGGAUCGUGGAGGACUUGUCCAAUGACCAUGUCGUGGUUCAGUUCGACGAUGGAUCUCAGAUUGAGACUCAUGUCGACGACCUCGACAAGGUCAAUCCUGCCAAAUUCGACAAAGCUGACGAUAUGGCCGAGCUGACGCACCUGAACGAGGCCUCGGUGAUUCACAACUUGUAUACACGAUACCAGGCGGAUCUCAUCUACACAUAUUCAGGACUGUUCUUGGUUACUAUCAAUCCAUACUGCCCGCUACCGAUAUACGGCAACGACUAUGUUCGCAUGUACAAGGGACAAACGCGUGAAGACACGAGACCGCACAUAUUCGCCGUGUCCGACCAAGCAUUCCGCAAACUGGUCGACGAAGGGGAGAACCAGAGUAUACUCGUGACUGGCGAGUCAGGCGCAGGCAAAACAGAAAACACAAAGAAGGUCAUCCAGUACCUGGCCGCUGUGGCUUCCACUGAUGCAGACACGCCACUGACUGGACGGACUCCUGGCAAGCAACUAUCGAAUCUCUCACAGCAGAUCCUGAGAGCAAACCCGAUACUAGAGUCAUUCGGCAAUGCUCAGACCGUUCGCAAUAACAAUUCGUCGCGUUUUGGUAAAUUCAUCCGGAUACAGUUCACGCGGACUGGUCAGAUCGCGGGAGCAUUCAUUGAUUGGUAUCUGCUGGAGAAGUCGCGAGUCGUGAAACUUAGCCGCGAAGAGAGAACGUACCAUGUCUUCUACCAGCUGCUGGCAGGUGCCGACCAGAGGAUGCGAGAGGCACUACUGAUCUCGAAUAUGGACGUGGAGAACUUCAAUUACUUACGGCAGGGCAACGACACAAUCAGUGGAGUGUCCGACCGCGACGAAUGGAACGCGCUGAUAGAAGCCUUCCACAUCAUGAAUGUUUCACAGGACGAUCAGAUGGCUAUCUUCCGCACGAUAGCUGCCAUCCUGCAUCUCGGAAAUGUCACUGUGAGACAAGAAAGCCGUGCUGGAGAUCAAGCGACUUUGACACCAGAAGCGAAAGCAUCGGUCGACAAGGCGUGUCGUCUGCUUGGUGUGCAGACCGAACCGUUCAUUCGAGGUCUGCUGCAUCCAAAGGUCAAGGCCGGUCGUGAAUGGGUCGAGAAGGUCCAGACUCCCGAGCAAGUACGACUUGCCCUGGAUGCGCUUGCCAAGGGUAUCUAUGAACGAGGUUUCGGCGACUUGGUUUCGAAAAUCAAUUCUCAGCUAGAUCGAGCCGGCUUGACCAGCGACGACAACCACUUUAUCGGCGUUCUGGAUAUUGCUGGUUUCGAGAUCUUCGAGACGAAUGGAUUCGAGCAGCUCUGCAUCAAUUACACCAACGAGAAGCUGCAACAGUUCUUCAACCACUACAUGUUUGUGCUGGAACAAGAGGAGUAUGCUAGGGAACAAAUCGAGUGGUCCUUCAUCGACUUCGGCAAGGAUCUGCAGCCGACAAUCGAUCUCAUCGAGUUGCCGAAUCCGAUCGGUAUCUUCUCAUGCUUGGACGAGGACUCUGUCAUGCCCAAGGCUACCGAUAAGUCGUUUACCGAGAAGCUGCACUCGUUAUGGGAAAAGAAGACACCAAAGUAUGCUUCUGCACGCACGAGGCAAGGUUUCAUUCUCACGCACUAUGCGGCCGAGGUGGAAUACUCGACGGAAGGUUGGCUUGAAAAGAACAAAGAUCCCUUGAACGACAACCUGACGCGGCUACUGGCCGGGUCCCGUGACUACCACAUUUCGACACUAUUCAGCGAUUGUGUUGAUGAGACAGACGACACGUUCAGUCCACGAAGUCGUGUAAAGCGAGGACUGUUCAGGACUGUCGCUCAGCGGCACAAGGAACAGCUUGCUACUCUCAUGCGACAACUCCAUUCCACACAACCACAUUUCGUGCGGUGCAUUCUGCCAAACCACAAGAAAAAGCCGAAGCAAUUUACGGCACCACUUGUCCUGGACCAGCUGAGAUGCAAUGGUGUUCUGGAAGGCAUCCGAAUAGCCAGGACUGGAUUCCCCAACCGUCUCACAUUCGCCGAGUUUCGAUGCCGCUAUGAGGUGCUCUGUGAGAAUAUGCCAAAGGGCUACCUUGGCGGUCAAGAGGCCUCGCGUAUUAUGCUGGGCUGCCUUAAGAUGGAUGCUGCAGACUUCCGGGUUGGUCUUACCAAGGUCUUCUUCCGAGCGGGUGUGCUAGCUGAGCUCGAAGAGAAACGCGACAGUCUGAUCCGAGAGAUAAUGUCCCGGUUUCAAUCUGUCGCUCGCGGCUUCAUGCAGCGGAGAAUAGCAUACAAGCAGUUAUACCGCGCGGAAGCGACGAGAGUGAUCCAGCGCAACCUCAACGUCUAUCUAGACCUCCAAUCGAAUCCCUGGUGGCGACUGUUCAUACGGAUGAAGCCGCUGCUGGGAGCGACGAGGACGGCAAACGAAGUCAAGAAGCGCGAUGAGCGGAUCGAGACUUUGCAGGACAAACUGCGGCAAGAUCAGCUUGAACGACAGAAGGUCGAGGAGGAGCGGCGGCGGGCAGAAAUGCAAGCUCAUUCGAUACAGCAAACACUCGAAGCUGAAAGAGCACUUGCACUCGACAAGGAGGAGAUCUUCAAACGCCUCCAACAACGAGAGGCAGAGCUGACCGAAAAGCUUUCCGAAGCCAUAACAGAACAGGAGGCACUGGAGGAUCAGCUGGACGAGGCGCUCGACGCCAAGAAGACCUCCGACGAAGAAAUGAACACUCGUCGAGACCAAGUAAUGCAAGCUGCUCAGAUCAUAACGCGACUGGAAUCAGAGAAGAAGGACUUGCAAGCUCAAGUCGACAAGCUCGAGCGAGAACUGGACCGCGCGGAGCAGGACGAAGACAAGUUCCAGCAUCUAGAGCAAGAGAUCAGGAGUCUGAAAAGCCAGAUCAGUGUCAAGGACAAGAAGCUCAUGCAGCAGGACCUCGACAUGAAAGAAGCAUCCAAAGCUAGGGACUUGCGGCUGUCAACGCUGGAGACGGAGCUUCGAGCUGUGAAGAGCCAGCAAAGUCAGAAAGACCGGCACACGUCAGAACUCGAAGCCAAAGUCCGACAAUCCGAGUCCGCGCAGCAAAAGCUAUCCACACUCGAAGCCGAACUUCGCUCCCUCAAGACCCAACAGACCCAAAAAGACCGUCACACCGCCGACAUCGAAGCCCAACUCCGCCUAGCCGACAGCACCCACGCGCAAGAACAGCGCAAGCAGAAAGCAGACUACGAAUCCCAACUCUCGAGUCUGCGGUCCCAGAUCAGCUUGAAAGACCGCAAACUCUCUGACCUCGAAUCCACCCUCUCGAAGAUCGACGCCGAUGCCGAGUCCAAACUCGUCAAGACCAAGUCCGAGUUAGACACGACAAAACACCUCCUUCGGGAAAUGGAAGGCCAGAACCAAGAACUUCGCCAGCAGAUUGACGAUAUGUCCUUUUCCGCAUCCAAAUCCGGGCAGAACCUCCGACAAAAGGAGAAGGAGCUUGCGACGUUGAUGGCGGAUAUACGGCGGCAUGAAGCGGAGAAGGAAGGGUUGAGGAUUGAGAAGGAGAGGAUGGCGGGGGAGCAUGAGAGGAUGGUUAGCCAGCAUAGGGAGCUGAAGGAGGGGAUUGAGGAGAUGAAGGCGAAGCGGGAGGGGAUGCAGAGGGAGGCGGAGGAGGUGCAGCGGCAUUUGGAGAGUGUGAUGCCGUUUUUCAAAUCUCACUUCAGUGGGUAG